AUGGACACAAAACGACAACGUCACUUUAAUAGCUCGAUUGAGACGUCAUGUACUGAAGUGCGCCACUAUCUGACCAAGACGGACGAGCAGGAGGCGCUUGAUGUUCUGCGUGACCAGUUUUGGCAUGACCAGAAGUGUAUCACCUCAAACGACGUGCGCUCCGUUGUGCGUGCAGUUGCCAACCGUAGAAGCACCACCAGCUUGUCACUCGACUUUCCGCCCAUGUGUUGGAUCCACGAGUUCAAGCGCGUGCACGGCUUCGCGCACGCUGGCGGCAUCUUCGCGGUCGGACUGCCUGGGUGCCUCAGCACGAGUAGUCGCAGCAGCAGCAUCACACGUGCAACAUCCACUAGUCCGGUCAGCGGAGACAGUAGUGACGACGACGAGAGAGGUGGGAACGAACAGUCCUUGAGAUGCUACGACACAGCACGCAAUUCCGAUACGCUGAUGCGGUUCAACAUGCGAUCAACGUACGAAAGUGACUCGCAGAUGGAGCACACUCGUCAGCAGCAAAAGCAACGCCGGUCCCUCGUUAUAGACAACCACCGUGCACAAAGCGCAUGGACCCAGUGCGAUCAAACAUGGGGCAGAAAUGAACUCGGCAUCAGUGCCAGCAGUGGCAGCUGUGGCAGCGGUGACAGUGAGAAUGGCACGACGACGGGAGCUAGCAGUAGCUCAAGUGUCACUACGGCUCCUUCCACUGCAAGCUCGGACAACAAGGUGUAUAGCUGUGCCGCACCCGGCACUCGCGAGCCAACGUUUAGCGCGAAACGAGGCUACAAGUUGAGCCACACAGUGUCGCCUGAGACGUGGGAAAAAGCAAUCGCGAGUGUAGAGCAGCAGGGGAUGAGUCUACGCCGCCGCUGCCAAGAUUUACGGCGUGCACUUUGCAGCUCUUCAUCGUCGCGUGAAGAAGCCGAUGAGGCUGGAAUCAUGCGCGUGGUGGUGGCCCGCGCGGAGUUGGGCGUGCUGAUGACAUUUAAUGAGCUCAUGAACCUAGUGGAGGCUACUGCGUUGCGCAAACUACCAGACAUCUCGGUGGCAAAUGCGCGCAAGUUAAUGGCACGCUUUCAGUCACGCAACGAAAAGUCGGUCUGGCAUAUUAUCGUGGACUGGCCGUCACCAGCGCUUACAAAGUCGUCAAGCCCAGUGGUUAAUCACCAUUACCUGGAACAUCCAGGCUACGAUACCGAGUCCCUGUGCUCAUCAUCAGCAAGUAUGCAGCGAGCAUUUUCAGCUCAUGCUGCGGUUGGCUCCGCAACGGCAGCAGUUGCGCCUGCAUUGCCAUUACAUAUUUCGUUACUUUCCUCCUCGAUUGGUGGAAGUACCUCCUCCAUCAAUGGCAACCGACCCAUGUUGCCGAGUUUGAAUGUUGGUGUGAAAUUCUCACGGCCCCUUGUUCCGCAGCAGCAAGAGCAACUUUAA